AUGGUGGAUGAAAGUCGAACUAGUACAAUUUUAGGUCUUCAUGGCGUUGUGAACAAUGCCGGUGUGCUUGGAAACACGUUCUUUGACGACUUUCUGACUAUCGAAGAUUAUAAGCAGACAGCCGAUGUAAAUUUAUGGGGUGCAAUCCGGAUAGUGCAAGCAUUUAAACCACUUGUUAAGCGAACCAGGUCAGUUCGAUUCUUAGGCCGAAUCGUGAUUGCGACCAGUGUUUGUGGUCGAUUCGCUUUUAUGGGCACUGGACCGUAUACGGUAUCGAAGUUUGCUCUAACUGGUUACUGUGACACAAUUAGAACAGAACUACGUCUGUUUGGAGUAUCAGUGCACGUACUUGAGCCGGGAUUCUUCACCACUCAUCUCACCAGCCGCAAGAAUGUCGAGAGUCAACUCGACACGAUGUACGGCAGUUGCCCAGAAGAAGUGAAACUUGAGUAUGGAAAGGAGUUCUUCUACAAAAUGCGAAAGAAGACGUUCUGGUUGCUCGGAUUGUUGAGCAGUAAACAGAUCAAUCAUGUAACGGAAGCCUACUAUCACGCAUUAACUGCCGUUUAUCCCCGAGCUAGAUAUCACGUCGGAUGGGACAGCAUACUCGUGUGA